UGCAGCUGGACACAUCACACACAUCCCACUCUCAUGCACACACACACUUCCUGGGUGUUUGUUUACAGGCUGACGCCACGAGCGGCAUCAACACUCACCAUGCACUCCAAACAACGGCACCACUGAGGACCCACACACACACACACAUAAUAAUCUCACAGUGAUUAUUGAGACGGACAUCAUCACAGGCUCUCCCUUCUCUCCUUUCCACCCUCUUCUUUUGGGUAUGUGGGCAUAGUUGGGUGACAGCAGGGGAGGGACACCUGUGCCUGAGGAGCAGGAGUUGGUGCAUCUGAUCUGGGACCAGUUUUCGGAGGAGUCUUAAAGCUGCAGAGGAACCAGCCAACACACCAGUAUAAAGUCUGUCCGUCACCCUGGGAUCUACGGAGGCAAGCGGAGUGCCGGUGUCGGCCAUGAAGCUGGUGAACGGGGGAGGAGGAGGAGGAGGUGGAGGAGGGGGCGGCGGGGGAGGUGGAGAGAAGACUGCCUUUUCCUUUAAGAAGUGCUCCGCUUUCCAGUUUGUCAAGAGAAAGGUACGAAGAUGGAUGAGGAACCCGAAGGUGAGCGUGGAGAAGGCUCAGGGGAAAGGCCUCCUGUACCCCUGUCCAAAGUGUCCGCUGGCCGACGAUCUGUGGUACACACACUUCCCCUCGCCUUAUGGCUGCUGUCACUAUGGCGGCCUGCAGGGCGGACAGUACUACCACCAGGAGCCAUGCUCGCCGUGCCCUGCCAGCGCGCAAAGCAGCGGCCAUGACAAGAACAAGGCCUGCAAGGUCAGGAAGUGGAAGAUGCUCGCUCGCCAUCAUGGUGACAGUACAGGCAAGCAGAAGGAAGCAGAGUCAGACCUCCACCUGGGCGGUUGUCAGUCCUGGGGAAUCCACGCCUCGCCCCUCCUGGCCAGCCCCGUCAUGCUGGAGUGCUCCAUCUGCAGUGGGCCCUACAUCAGUUAUACCCUGGAGGACACCUGGCAGCCACGUCAACGCACACAGGCGAUGGACCUGUACUACCACAAUGAGUCAGACCCAGACAGCUACUGUUGCCCUGGCGACAACACUUUUAUGAAACAGAGGAAGAUGGGGCUGAACGACUUCAUUCAGAGGCUUGCCACAAACUCCUACGCCUGCAAGCAUCCUGAAGUUCAGUCUAUUCUGAACUUGAGUCCCCCUCAGGAUGCUGAGCUCAUGAACGCAAACCCGUCUCCCCCUCCCAGUCCAUCCCAACAGAUCAACCUCGGUCCGUCCUCCAACCCGUCAGCCAAACCCAGCGACUUCCACUUCCUCAAGGUGAUCGGCAAAGGCAGCUUCGGCAAGGUGCUGCUUGCACGCCACCGCACGGAUGACCAGUUUUACGCAGUCAAAGUCUUACAGAAAAAGGCCAUCCUCAAGAAGAAGGAGGAGAAACACAUCAUGUCAGAGAGGAAUGUGCUGCUAAAGAAUGUCAAGCACCCGUUCCUGGUGGGCCUGCACUACUCUUUCCAAACAGCGGACAAACUCUACUUCAUCUUGGACUACAUCAAUGGAGGCGAGCUGUUCUACCACCUACAGAGAGAACGCUGCUUCCUCGAGCCCAGAGCCAGGUUCUACUCAGCAGAGAUCGCCAGUGCACUGGGCUACCUCCACUCCCUCAACAUCGUCUACAGAGACUUGAAGCCAGAGAACAUCCUGCUGGACUCACAGGGACACAUCAUUCUUACAGAUUUCGGCCUGUGCAAGGAGAACAUCGAGCCCAACGGGACCACGUCGACCUUCUGCGGUACGCCAGAGUAUUUAGCUCCUGAGGUUCUACACAAGCAGCCGUAUGACAGGACGGUAGACUGGUGGUGUUUAGGAGCUGUUCUCUAUGAGAUGCUGUACGGCCUGCCUCCGUUCUACAGCCGCAACACAGCGGAGAUGUACGACAACAUCCUGAACAAGCCGCUGCAGCUGAAACCCAACAUUUCCAACGCAGCCAGACACCUGCUGGAGGGCCUUCUGCAGAAGGACCGAACUAAGAGGCUGGGCUGCACAGAGGACUUUAUUGAAAUUAAGAACCACAUAUUCUUCUCCCCCAUCAACUGGGAUGAGCUCAACGCCAAGAAAAUCACCCCUCCCUUCAACCCCAACGUGACGGGACCCAACGACCUGCGGCACUUUGAUCCAGAGUUCACAGACGAGCCUGUGCCCAGCUCCAUUGGCUGUUCCCCAGACAGCGCUCUAGUCACAGCCAGCAUCAAAGAGGCUGCUGAGGCCUUCGUGGGCUUCUCCUACGCCCCAUCUAUGGACUCCUACCUAUAGGAUUCAAACAAAGGCACUCAAUGGACACCAAUUCAGAUUUACAGGACAUGAACUGUGGCGUGUCCAUGGACUUGCAUCUUGACUACACUUUACGUUUCCCAUCAGGAUGGUGGACAUUCCCCAACAAACCCCCUGCAACAACUCUGCAUCUGCAAAGAACUGAAACCUGUACUUGCCAUAAUCGCUCCAACUCUUGUAAAAAGACAUGCCGCAAGAGUAUGCCUGCCACGAUUAGAUGACUCAUCGGGGUUGUAAUCCUCCAUCUAACCCUGAUCUACUGACGCACAAAUUCUUCAGCCUUCCACAAUAGACACAAAAGCUCUGCAGCCUUCAGUAGUCAAUCUCUUUCCGGAUAGCGGAGGUCCUUUGCACACAGCUCAGGCAGCUUAAAAGCCAGCCUCGACCCUGAAGCCACAACUGACAAGCACACACGCCAACUUCCACCUUCUCUGAAAAGAGAAAGCCUGGACCGUACUGUACCAGCCCUGACAAGGAUUUCCAUCUUCAUCUAUGUAGCGAACACCUUCCCUCCUUUGAGAUUCUGUCCACCCAUCCACCGGGGAACCCACCUGUUGACUUUGAAUGAGUAGCUUGAAGAUGACGUUCAUGUUUUGGUGCUUUAGUUUCUUUUCAUUUCUAUUUGUGUGGUUAAAAAGGGAGCCAUUUUAAAGCUGAAUGUUACAGAGGGGGAUGUUUUAUUUUUUCUCUCAAAGGUGCCUUUUAUUUUUUUCUCUACAUCCAAACACAUCUUUUGGGUUUGUCUGCGUCAACCUUAAAGUCACCAAUGUUUCUUGUUGCUCCACGCCUAACUGCAGGUGGGAGGAGCUGUGUUAUUUUAAGUCGCUAGAGAGGAUUGAAGUAGCACCAAAUUUACAAAUUUAACGCACCUGUUUCAGGCUUUAACACGUGAGACGUAGAGAACUCAAACGAUGUUUCGUAUCUUCAUUUGCACAUAAAACAAUUAAUGGUGGUAGAGAAAGAGAAAGAGAGAGCACAGCUGCUAGUGGAGAAAGAGGAGCAAUGCGUUCAGAGGUGUCUGUGGAGUUCUGCUUGCCAACUGUGUCCCCCUCAUAUAGUCUUCCAUUCGCCUCACAAUAAUGUAACGGCGGCCCGCAGCUGGGCCGACGCCAUCGAAACUGAACAUUCCAUUUUAAUAUUGCUGUAAUGCAGUUUGAUGGUAUUUAAGUUUGUUUGUAUAUUUGGAGUUAUGUGUACUAGUUUUAAUGUAUAUUGAACAAAAAAUGACUUAAGGUAUGCUUAAAUAUGUAUAUGUAACAAUACAUGUUAAAUGUUCUGUAAAUUGUAAAAUUGUUUAAGAUUUAUGUGACCAUGUUUGGUUUGCAAUAAAAGUUUAACUUUAUUACACCUAA